AAAUUUUGAUCAUAUUUAAUUAAUGCCUUUUAUCAAAAUAUAAUUUGUUUUAUUAAUAAUAUAAUUUUGAUACUACUGCACAGCCCCAAAAAGGGGUGUCGAAAUCUUGGACGAGGCAUGCAAGCUGGUCAGCGAAAGGUUUCGAAACUGCGGCCACGAGCUCGAGUUCAACGAGAAGGCGUACGAGCUGCGCCGUGCGGUUGUGGAACUCGUUGAAUUAUACAGGAACAACCACCCGGAUAGCAAAUUUUGGGUGAGUAGGUUGUUGCGCGGGCGUGAUUCCGCAUCGUUCUACUUGGACGAGUUCUUAGACAGAUGGGACUUCCAGCUCGAACCAAUGCUCGACCAAAAAACCGACAACACGGUUACAUCGUUCAAGGCGAAUCUCGACCGUCAUAUGGUGGAAGCUGUUCUGUUUCUUGACGAAGUACAGGACCGAUUAGUUUCUCGUUUCCGGUUUCUCUCGACUGUCAAGGAUCGUCACGUUGCUGAGGUGCUGAGCAGGCUGACUGACGUCCCGCUCACUCACAUUGUUCCGUCUUUUAAGUAUCGUUACAAGAAAAAGGCGAUUCAUACGACGAAUCAUAGGGUGGUGGAUCAGAUGCCCGUGGUUAAUGAAAUUUUCGAAACGCUGGCCUCCGAGAGGACUAGUACGUGCCCGAGGGGUUCGUUUCUUCUUUUGGGCCCGUCUGGAGUUGGUAAAACGGAGAUCGCAAAGGCCGUUGCACGUAAUUUUGGUAUUGUGACGAAAGCCGGCUCGUAGAGAUAGAUAUGGCAGAGUAUACAGAGACUACGGUCGAAUCAGAGUCAAAGAGUAUACGUCGGGAUUUUUUGAAUAAACUGACCGAGGUUGUGACGAAGCGUCCUUAUUCGGUUAUUCUUCUCGACAAAAUCGAAAAGGCUUCCUCCGUUGUCGUAAGGGCUCUCGUUGAGGUUUUGAGUUACGGCAAAGCAAGUGAUAUCGAAGGGAGGGAAACCGUUGACUUGUCGAAGUCUAUCGUUUUCAUGACUUCGAGUGUGGGAUCCGAUCAACUUGAAUCGGGUUGCACGAGCUCUUAUCUUAUUGAUCU